CGUACGUCAUCAUCAUAUACUACGCAUGUGAAUAUACAUAUAAAAACACACAUUUAUACCAAAGGUAACAGACAAUUAAUUGCAAUCGACCAAGAAUGUUGUCAUUAUCCAGUUUCAUUAUCGUCCUUUUCGCCCGUCUUGUUUCAGGAGGGCCAUGUGACAAUAUCGUCACCGUCACUUCAUCCUGGUCAGGGGGUUAUACCACUGCUCUUCUGAUCCCAAUUAAGACACCAAUAACCAACUGGAAGAUGAUUAUAUCAUUUUCAUCCGCUCUUACAAGUUUGCAGGUUUGGUCUGCUGCAUCGACGUCAACUAAUAAUAUUCAAUUUCAACUGACUAAUCUCAGCUUGAAUGGAGUUCAGAGCGCUGGUGCUAUACUGAGCGGUGUCGGGUUUAAUGCCUACUUUAAUUCAAAUGCCAAUCCAGUACCUACUGUUUCAAGUAUUCUUUUUAACGGCGUCAACAUUUGUUCGGCUGUUUCAUCGUCAACUACGACUAAACCAGUUACAAAAACCACAGCUAAAACUGGGACAACAACGACCAAAAAAUUAGUUACAACAGUUAAACCGGCAACCACAACUUCAAGUACUGGCUUGCCGACUAAAUACAAUUACCGCGAAGUAAUCACCAAAUCUUUGCUCUUCUACUACGCCCAGCGCUCUGGGCGCUUGCCAGUAAACGAUAACCCCAUCGCGUAUCGUUCAGAUUCGGCACUCAAGGAUGUCGGACAAAACGCAGAAGAUCUCACUGGAGGAUAUUACGAUGCUGGAGAUCACUUGAAACUUGGCUUUCCUUUGGCCAGCGCUAUGACGAUAGCGGCCUGGUCGAUAAUUGAUUAUCCAAUCGAAUAUUCUUCUGCAGGGCAAUUGACAAAAGCCCAAAAUAUGGUCAAAUGGGCUAGUGAUUACUUUAUCAAAGCCCAUGUGCAACCCAACAAGUUUUAUGGGCAAGUGGGCGAUGGUACUCUUGACCACAAUUAUUGGGGACGUCCUGAAGAUAUGACUAUGAGUCGACCGGCUUAUUUCAUUUCUACAACAAACCCAGGGUCGGACUUGGCCGGUGAAACAGCUGCCGCACUUGCCGCAACUUCAAUGGUGUUUAAAACAGUCAACAGCACUUACUCAGCUCUCUGCUUGACACAUGCAAAGCAACUGUACGAUUUUGCCAAACAAUAUAAAGGGAAAUAUAGUCAGUCUAUGCCUCAAGCGGCAGCUUAUUACAACUCAAGUGAUUUCGGAGAUGAAUUGGCUUGGAGCGCAGCAUGGCUCUAUCGUGCUACCAAUAAUGUAACUUACCUUAACGAUGCUAAGGCUUUUUACACCCAGUAUGGACUCGCUAACAAUCCACCGGGGUUCUCGUGGGAUUCGAAAACGGCCGGAGUGCAGGUUUUGAUGGCCAAGUUGACUAACGACCCUCUGUACAAAACCGCAACCAAAACUUUCUGUGAUUCCAAAGUUAACCAACCGAAGACACCCAAAGGACUCUUGUUCAUCUACACAUGGGGAUCGUUGCGCCAUGCAGCAAAUAUUGCCUUCGUCUGUCUGCAGGCUGCUGACCUUAACAUCAAUCCAUUGGCGUAUCGCAAACUGGCGCAACAACAAAUUCACUAUGCACUUGGAGAUACAGGCCGUAGCUAUGUCGUGGGUUUCGGAGUUAAUCCUCCGGUGAAACCUCAUCAUAGAUCAAGUUCAUGUCCGAAUAGACCAGCUGUUUGUGAUUGGAGCACUUAUUCCUCAACUGCACCCAAUUCCCAGAUCCUCUAUGGUGCUCUUGUCGGAGGUCCGGAUAUCAACGACAAAUACACGGAUGAUCGGAGCAAACCCGAAACCAACGAAGUAGCUUGCGACUACAAUGCCGGCUUUCAAGGAUCUGUAGCUGCCUUGCAAUCAUUGGCUGUCCAAGGCGUCUUCAACUAGAAUACAAAUUUACAAGAUAAGACAGGAAUUUGUUACACAACUACCUAUAUUUUGAAAAGUAUAUUUUACUCUUAAUGCUGGUUUUCUGCUACAUGACUGAAUUUGUUGGUAUUCUUGGAAAUGGGAUAUAUUACUAAAGGUUUAAAAAAACGGUUGCAUUUUUGUGUUCUUGAAAAAUUUAAUAAAAUUCAUAACACAG